AUGUUCUACGAGUCUGUGGUAGCCAGUGCUAUCUUCUCUGCUGUUGCAUGCUGGGGCAGCAGGCUGAGGGUAGCAGACAGCAGCAAACUGAACAGACUGAUUUUGCUAAGUAAAGAAUGGAGGAAAAUACAGUGGGGUCAGAGAGAGACAAAUCUUCAGUGGGUGAGAGACUACCAGCCUCAUAAAGAAGUCCAACAUCUCAGAAUUCUGCUUCAUGGACCACCAGGUGCUGGAAAGUCCAGCUUCAUCAACUCUGUGGACAGUGUCCUAAAAGGCAGAAUUGCCUCUCGAGCUUUGGCAGAAACAAACUCUACUGUCAGCUUCACUAAAAAAUACAUAAGUUAUAAACUCCAGAAAGGUCAACCAGGAACAUUUUACCCUUUUGUCUUCACUGACACCAUGGGUCUUGAGAGGAGCACUAAUGGAGGAGCUAGAGUGGAAGAUGUCAAACUGGCCAUGAAGGGACACGUGAAAGAAGGUUACAAGUUCAGUCCCAGCUCUCCCUUGACUGAGAAAGAUGUUGACUACAACCAUUACCCAACUCUAGAUGACAAGGUUCAUGUUCUGGUUUGUGUUGUUCCUGCCAACACUCUGAACAUGAUGGAUGAUGCAUCUGUAUCAAAGAUAAGGGACAUCAGAGUAGUAGCCAGUGACAUAGGGAUUCCCCAGAUCGCUAUUCUCACCAAAAUCGAUGAAGCCUAUCCUGAAGUGAAGGAAGAUAUAAAGAAUGUCUAUAAGAGCAACAAGCUGAAAAAACAGAUGGAAAAAUUGAGUGCGUUGCUGGGUAUUCCACUGAACUGCAUCUUUCCAGUGAAGAACUACUACUCAGAAAUCGAUACAGAUGCCGACAUGGAUUCACUGAUACUGAGUGUAAUGAGGAAAAUCAUUGACUUUGGAGAAGACUUCCUGAAUGACAUUUAACCACAACUAAUUUAAGAAUGCAACAUGUUCAAAGACGAUUCAUGUUUAUGAUGAGGCAUUAAACAUUUCAGAUAUACUGUAUACAUAUAUGGUGUAUUAUGUAAGCGCAUUACGACACGAUUUUUUUUUUUACAGUGACUGAAGGAAGUACUUUCAUUGCUACUGUUGGAGAAGCUUAGAUAUAGAUUUAAAUCAUGGGAAUUUCAUAACUUGGAGUCCUUCCAGUAGCCCUCAUUAUUCCUUUUUUUAUGGUGACACAUGACUAUUAACACAGUCAUCAUCAGACUUUUAUUUACUUUAUUUUUUCUAUGAUAAGAGACAGACUUGACUUAACUAUGGGCCCUCCCUUUUGUUUUUGA